AUGUAUGUUUUCAACUUUUAUUGUCACUUUUUAUGGUUUAACAUCCUUGCUUACUCUAUUCCUGCAAUACAUCUUUUUCAUGGCAACCAUGCAACCGUCAAUGACGUCAACAAAGAAUUGCAUACACCAUUACGUUCGCGACAUCGUCGAGGGUCAUUUACUUUAUUUAAUCCGUUUAGUGAAGUUAAUGCACCCGAAUAUAUUGCACGGGAUCAAGGAACAUUCAUCAUGAGCGAUACCAAUGCUCGUCGACAUCUUUCAACAGGUAGUUGGUUAGGACUUGUAAAAAAUCAAACAGGCCGUGUCAUUGAAGGUGCUACAGAUCUUGUACUUACACCAGUUCAUUGGCUUGCACAUAUGCGCGAGUACUGGUAA